ACUGAAAGUCUUUCGAACGAUAUCCGAAAGAAUUUCAUGCUGUGAGGCCUUUCGGUCCAUGCGCGCAACAUGAAAUUCGAAGAACUUUGAGAGAGUCAAGAGCUACGACAGGUUCGAGAGCUUGUUGGAUGAUUACUCUGCCAUCGUAGCACGAUUUCCUUCCCAGUCGUCGCUGCGAUGCGUCGAUCUCCAUCCUCCUUUGAAAUCCUUUCGUAGCAUCGUGUCGUGUGCGCAAUCGUCACUCUGAUAUCGCAAAUUGUCAGUUUUGCUUUAGUUCUGAUGGUCGCAACAGUAGAGGGUUUCUGUGAGUUGGGUGGACAUCAACCCCAUGCUCGCGAGGGUUUGAUUUCUUGGUCAAUGUUGUCAAGAAGGCGCGUCAUUCGACCUUAGUCUCUGUUGUCGGUCGAUCACGUAGGCUCACAUGGUUGGGCUGCAGAGGGGAAACAAUUUUGAGCAGGGGUACGUGGUGUAUUAAGGCCGCGGGAAGCCGUGGUGGAGAGAUUAGCGCAUGUUGAGUUGAGUCGAGGACUGCGAUGGAUUGGGUAUUUUUGCAGAUGUUGGAGAUAUGAAAGAUUUCUAUCGGAGUGACAAGGACUAGUGUUGGGAGGUUUUGUGAAUCAAGAGAUGGAAGAAAUUUUCAACGAGGAGGUAGUGUUAGAUGGGAAGCGGGUGGUGGCUACACUACUCGCGUCGGGGUUGCUUCAGUGGCGCGGGGACAGGAAUGGUCAGUUGUUCCUGUCCAAUGACUUAAUAGGGAUCAGUAACUUUGGAUCUAACAUCCGUUUGCAUACGUUUAAGUUGACGGGAAGCUCAACGAUAUGCGGGAAGGGUGUGCCCGGACGAAAGCGUAAAGAUAUGGUCAUGGAGUUUAGCAACGAAGCGACUCUUAAACUUUGCUGCGAUUCCAUUCAGCGAAUCCUUAAUGAGUCUGGGCGACCAAAGAGGCUUCUUGUAAUUGUUAAUCCUUUUGGAGGACAAAAGGGUGCGAGGAGAGUCUAUGCGUCAGUUGUGGAGCCUCUAUUUAAGGCAGCAGGCAUUACAUACACAAUGCGAGAAACGCAGUUCCAACGUCAUGCUCAAGAGAUGGCAAAAUCAUUUGAUCUCUCACAGUUCGAUGGAGUAGUCUGCGUCAGCGGAGAUGGAGUGCUGGUUGAGGUUCUGAAUGGUCUGUUGGAAAGAUCUGAUUGGGAGCGUGCUAUCAAGAUUCCACUUGGCAUCAUUCCUGCUGGGACCAGCAACGGCAUGGCGAAGUCACUGUUAAACCAUGUAGGGGAGCCUUGUGAUCCAUCAAGUGCUACAUUUCUUGUCAUCCGAGGGCAGAAGCAGCGGCUUGAUGUUGCUACCGCAAAACAAGGAAAUGUCAAAUUUCAUAGCAUCUUGAUGAUGGCUUGGGGACUUGUCGCAGAUGUGGACUUCGAAUCGGAAAGUUUGAGAUGGAUGGGUGCCUUGCGUAUCGUCGUUUAUUCGUUGAUGAGAAUCAUCAAUCUUCGAAAGUAUGUCGGACGCAUUUACUAUAUUCCAGCGCCAGGAUAUGAAGGCACAGGGACCCUGUUUGCUGGGGAGCUUGAAGAGGCUACCUUGCUGAAUGUUGGUGAAGCUGAUAGUGACAGAAGCUGGCGGAAAAAUGGGUAUUCCGGACCUUUACAUACGAACUCUGCUCAAUGGCGUGACAUGGAGGGCCCCUUUAUCAAUGUUUGGCUUAACAACGUGCCAUUUGUCGGCGAGACUGUUAACGCGGCCCCGCAUGCCAAGUUCUCAGAUGGAUAUUUGGACCUUAUUAUCAUGAAGGAUUGUCCUAAGUGGGCGUUAUUAAGUAUACUACUUAAAAUACAAACUGGGGAACACAUCAAAUCUAAAUAUGUGGAGUACAUCAAGGUGAAGGCAUUUCGACUCGACCCUGCUGGUCGCUAUGGGAGUGAUGUUCAAGGGGGUUACAUCGACUUAGAUGGUGAAGUCAUUGCGCGAGGCAGAGAUACAGUGGGUGAUAGAAGCAGUGAUCCCAUGAUUUAUGGAACUCCAGUAGAGUUUUCAGUUCAACAAGGGCUGGCUACAAUCUUUUGCCCUCCUUGAUGAUAUCUUGUUUGGUGUUUGUGUGCGUUACUUGCCACAGAUGUGGAUGCUUGCAUUCCUUGCAGUAAGGUUGGCUUGUGAGUUGUCGGCUCUUGAUGUACGAAAGCAAGGCCUAAGACUUCGGCAAGCAUGAGCAGUGUUCCUCAACGGAGGAGCACAAAAACUUCACAGCGAAGUUCAUAUAUGCUGCUCUGAGGAGAAUCCCUUGCCUUCAAGGCGAACCUUUCGGAACAACGGUAAAUCUGUAUCAUGUUUUACAGAAGAUAAGUUGGCAAUUAUAUCUCUUAGGGUUGAAAUUUAUGCUAUAUUAGAUGAAGGCUUUUUUUAGCUUUCCAACCAACAAUGAUUCCAAACUGCUGGUGGUUGUAGUCUCAUCGAACAGAACAUAAAUUGAGUAAACUAAACAUGGUCAACAUGGUGGGAAUUGCGAAUUGUAACCACAGAAAUUCCACUAGUAACUAGUCUUGUUAAAUGAGAUGAGAAAACAAACCGUACUUAUUCUUUUCUGCAUCA